GGGCGUGUAUUUCAGUGGCUCCUCCCUCUCAGAGAUCUUGACUGUCUUAAAGUUUCUCUCUCUGAUCAUCUCAGCAUUAUUUUACAGCUCUGCUCAUCUUUACACGUCACACGGACCAAAUCACAAGAUGAUCUCAAUAAUCUGUGCUUUCUUUACUCUUCUGACCUGUGUCAGUGGAGUGACUGUAGUGACUCAGAGUCCAUUAAUCACAGUCAAUAAAGGAGAAAAAGCCAAACUGGACUGUAAUCUGGGGACAGUAACUAAUUCUGCUGCUAGAUGGUACAAACAGACUCCAGGAGGAGUUCCUCAAUAUGUGUUAGUGUUUUAUCAUGGCUGGAGCUCUCCAUCAUACGGAUCUGGUUUCUCUGCUCCUAAAUUCACAUCAACACAUUCAUCUCAAUCAGAUUAUAGUCUGAUCAUCAGUAAUGUGGAUGUUGGUGAUUCUGCAGUGUAUUACUGUCAGACAUAUGACAGCUCAGUUAGUGAGGCCGUAUUCGGACAAGGAACAAAACUCAUUGUGACUGAUACAGAUGCUGAUGUUGAUCCUCCUGUGCUGAACAUCCUCCGUCCAUCCAGAGAAGAUCUGACCGGCUCCAGUAAAGUCACUCUGGUGUGUCUGAUCAAUCACAUGUCUGUGGCUUUUGCUGAUGUGCACUGGCUUCUGAACGGGAAGUCUGUUACUACAGGCGUUUUCACCAGCUCUGCUGAACAGCAGCCCGAUCAGAAAUUCAAGAUGAGCAGUUAUUUAACCCUCGAGAGCUCAGAGUGGGACAAAGACCCAGAACUGACAUGUGAAGCGUCUGUUGCCUCAAAAACCACCAGAACAAACAUCAAGAAAUCUGAAUGCAGCGACUAAACUCACACAAUCUGAUGUGUUGUUUGAGUAAGAAUAUCUUCGGAUGUAGUGUAAUAGAAAUCAUGAAUAUAGAAACUAUUAAAAAUAGUUCAAGAAUGUAAUCUGAACUGUGUCCUUUCCUACAAUAUUUGGGCUUUAAUGAUGAUGUAAGAUUUACAACCUGUUUAAUAAAGUGCAUGUUAAACAAACA